AUGCGGCUGCAUAAAUUAUCAUUUGCCCAAUCGCGCCGCAAGGUGUCGCAUCGGACGCCGCUCGAGGAACCAGGAUUUUGUCCCAAAAUCAACAAUUAUUUUUUACCAGCUUUUUUCCAACACAACUUGUCUGCCUGCCUGGUUCAGGCAACAAUGUCCGCAGUGGAGAAGGUUGCUGCAAAUGCAGCCUUUUCAUCCUCCAGCUCAAUUGGGCAGACAAAUCGAAAAUCCGGUCAUAUCUUGUCCCGUGUAACUCCAAAUCCAUCUCCUGCAGAAAGUGACCUCUCACACAAUAGUUCAGAUGGUAACAGUGAAUUUGAAGAAGCUUUGAAAAAUAUCAAAGCCUUAAAUGGACAAAGUCGAUAUAGUGACAACGAAGCUGAAGAAAAGUCAACUUCACCUUCUUCUGCCGAAAAAUCUUCUACAGACAAAAAUGUAUUUGAUAUGAAAUUAACAUCCGAGGAGAACAACACGCCCGAUUCUCUCUCGUCGAAUUAUACAAAAAAGUCAGAAACGCCAGUCGACUCGGAAUCGGUUUCCAAACUCAAGACAAAUUUGGGAAAUUUGUUCAGCAAAACUUACUCAGGCUCCAUUGUGGACAAACAGCAAAAAGUUUUCUGUGAGGAUGCUGAUAGUGAUUCCAAUGAACUUACAUGUGAUAAGGCAGACUUACUGAAAGACAAAAAGGACCCUGGGAAAGAUAAAAGUAGCCAUUUAAAUCAUUUGAACUCCCCGUUUGAGAAAAGUGUUAAUCAAGCCAUCCAAGGCAAUGGAGACCAUUGCAAAACAGAAUCAGUGGUGUCCCAUCUGGGUUCGGCUGAGAAAAUAAGGGAUUCUUUCAAAUCUUUCUUGCAAAAGAAUUCUUAUAAUAAAAUGUUGUUAAAAAAGAAGGACGACACAAAUGUGCAAAGUGUAACAUCAACAAGUGAUUCUCAGUCGGUUUCGAAACUAAGCAAAACGAGUUCAGUGCGUGGAAAUUUGUUUGAAAACUUUGAGAGUAUUGCUUCUCCAGAAACGGAGGCAAAGAAUUAUGAUGAUGAUGAUGAGGGUGAGGAGGAGGAGGAUAGCAGGCAGAAGGAAGAAACAAUCGAUUGCAAAACCAAAAGUAAUGGUCAAGCAGAAUCAAAGAUAUCAUCAGCUACAUUAAAAAGUGAGAAAAAUAAUUUGGACAACAAAAUUGUGGCGAGUGAUUCACCUUCAGAAGAAACGACAGAAACCAACACUGUCAACAAUUUUUGUGAUAAAGAACAGAAACUUUCCAACCACAGUUCUCAAUCUGAUGGCAUGAAAUCAAACAGUAAAUCUUCGUCUUUGCAUUUGGAUGCCUCUCCUCAAUUGUCACCAAUUUCCAAUAGAGAGUCUGAUGGAAAUUCCGAGAAGUCUUCUAAAUCUCCAAAGGAAAUCUUGGACAAUUGCAACAAUCUCGAGACUAACCCUAGCAAAAAGAGGCCUGCAGAGUUGGAUGAGAAUGUGAGCAACAGUGAUUGCAAAGAUGAAGAAAUGGCUCCUGUGAAACGGUCUCGGCUUGAUGACAUGAUAGGCAAUUUGGGUUCCCGAAUUGGAAUCAAAUUGGAUUCUAUACCAUUUGUAGAUGAAUUAGAAGAAUCCAGUAAAGACAGUGAUUCCAGUGAGAAACCAUCUGAAGAUACGGCCUCAACCGAUGAAGAGGAUGAUGCCGAGAAAGCUGCAGAUCUUGAUCAAAAAAUAAUCCGAAUGACUGAAAAAGAACUGGCUGAAAUUGUCAAAAGAGAAGUGGAGAAAAUUUUAAAUAGCAAAGAAACAGAUUUACAAAGUUUGCAACAGAAAAUUGAUGAACUGCAAGCUGCAAAUGAAAGUUGGAAAACUCAGGCAAAUGAAUUACAUAAACAGGUGCUUGAACAAAGUGUGAUGCAGCAGAAAUCUGAGAAGAGAAAAAUGACUGUUGCUCACAAGACACACUCCACUAGACAUGUGGGUAUUCAAGUAGAUGAAGGAAAGCAGAGCUCCACUAUGUUGGCCAAAAUAACUACUCAAAAGGACUCUAUUCCUUCAUCUGCAUCUUUGAAAGCCCGAAUAACUGCCCCUGUUGGCAGAAAGAUCCUUCCAUCAACCAAUCCAUCUCGAAGUGGGCAAAUGAACAAUCAAAUCAAUACACCUCCAGUAACAAAGUUCCAGUCACCAACCGUGAAAAGUCUGCUUGAUGCCUCACGCAACUCCAGCUUGAAUCAAGUAUCUAGUAGCCCUGCUGUUGUCUACCAGUCUUCACCUGGACUUUUUGUUGUAUCUUCACCUGCGUCAACCACCACAUCGACUGCCCACAGUAUACUAACCAAACCAGUGUCAAGUCACAUAUCCACUCCACAAGCCGCCACUUCUCGGUCAUCAGGAUCCGUAAAAGUUAUAGAUUUAACAGGAGAUGAUGAGAAUUCAUUAACUAAUCAAAGCAAUGGAAAGAACUUAGUACACGCUGCUGCUAUUGCACCUAUUGGACAAGUGCGACCGGGUAUUGUACCUCAGCAGGUGGUACGCCAGGUUACCCCUGUGCAACAGCAGCCAGUACCCCCAGGUACUUCGUUUUUGUUGAGCACACCUGCUGGCACACAAAUAAUUAGUCCCACAGUCACACAAGCUUUAGGUAGCACCCGACCUGGUGUGUGUCAGUAUGUUCUCACCUCCACCCCCAAUAUCCGACCUGGCUCUCUAGUAACAGUUGUGCCUACACAAGGAACACAGAACUCAUCCAUACGACCACCAAUUGUGUCAAGUACGAUUGCUAGUGCCAGUUCAUUACCACAAUUACGACCUGCCCAACAGUCAUCUUCAGUUGCUUCUGUGGACCUCACUAAGGGAAUACGCCCCCCACCUCCUCUCCAAAGUGCCCCCGUGUCACAGAGAGUUGUCUCCACAAUUCUUAGCAGCUCUUCAUCUUCACAAUCACUCACUUCAGUUGCUAAACAUCCAGCUGCAUUACCUCCAACACCCAGCCACAAUGUACAGGCACAAGGCCUAAAAAGUCCACCCCCUAAACCUGGCCUUAGAAUAACCAGGGUAGCACAAGGAAUUGUUUUAUCAUGGAACAUGACAUUGGCAGAAAGCCAUGCCGAAAUCUCCAAUUACCAACUUUAUGCUUACCAAGAAGGCAGUGCAUCUCCAAGUACAUCACUCUGGAAGAAGGUUGGUGAUAUAAAGGCUUUGCCUCUACCAAUGGCAUGUACAUUAACACAAUUCCAUGAAGGCAACAAAUAUCACUUUGCUGUACGUGCAGUGGACGCACACGGCCGUGUUGGACCUUUCAGUGACCCUAACACAAUAAAUUUGGGUGUAGGUGGCAAAUGA